AUGGAAAGUGACAUCAUUGAAAACGCGCCGAUAUAUAGGCCACAAUGGCCUAGGAUAGCCGAGGGAGAAGAAGAAACAAUGGAGAUGCUGAUGGGAAUGGACAUGAAGCCCUUGCCCGACUCAAUGGUGCCAAACUCGAAGAGGUGUGUGGCUUGCUUGCAAACCGACACACCGCUAUGGCGAAAUGGACCGGACGGACCCAAGACAUUGUGCAAUGCGUGCGGAUUGAAAUUUAGGAAGGAGGCGAUGAAGGUAGAUACCAAAUUGACGCUUGGUCCACCAGAUUAUAUUGUGAAGUUUAGUGGGCGAGGAAGGGGAGACAAGCCACAGCCGCCGCCGCCGGCUGAAUGA